AAAGCCUUGUUCGUCAGCUAAUCAUUUACCAGUGGUAAACAUAUGUGAGAACGCUACUGCUGUCCAGGAUGCGGCCAAUGUUGUUUUAAUAAAAGCAGAUUCCAUUCAAAACUGUGCAUGUGAACUUUCUGUUAUCAAUCACAACCAAUCAAUUACUAUAAAUAUUGAAAGAUUUGACAGUCAUAAAAGUUCGCGUCCGUCCAAUACUGAUUGUGGCUUGAUACUGCUGUUUUAUUCCGGCGGAAAUCUUUUUUGGGAAGCUAACUGCGGAGUCAAUCAUUUUAAUCGAAGGCAGAUGAACAUCGACGAGGUUAUAACAGUUAGGUCAACGGCUGUGAAUGGAACAUUGAUAUCAAAUGAGGGGUAUUGUAUUGAAAUAUCAAAAAUAUCCAUUGUUGGAUGGGGAAACAAGCUUGGGCUAACGUGUGGUAUUGGCAGCACUACUUUAACUACCACAACAACACAAUCAACGGAAAUAACAAAAAAGAUCACGAAGAUAACAAAUGCAUUACCAAUAACGACAAAGAUAGUCCCAACAACAACAAUAAUCCCAUCAAUAACUACAACAACAACGAUUGACACUAAGAAGUUUACAUUUACAAAGUGGACAAGUACAGAUGGCUCCAUGAGCACAAGACAAGCAAAUACACAACUAACAACUAAAGAUAAUGAUGACACAAUAAUUUUAGCAGCAGGGGCAUCGGUUGGAGGAUUUGUAAUCAUUAUAGUCAUUAUUGUUAUAGUCUGUAUCUAUAGACGAUAUCAUAAAAAACCAACAUCUAAACCGGUUCCUGCACUUGAUAAUGAUUAUGAUGCUUAUGGCAUGCGUGAAAAUGUCCUAUAUGUUUCAUCACAACCAACUGGUACCCCUCAACCACAAAACAGCGCCGAUUGCCAAGAUACAAACAGGAUAUCAGUGGAUAUUGAUGGUAAUUACAGUACAGUAGAUUGGGAUGAAAUACCGACAGUCGAAGAAUCAACUGGAGAUUACAGUUCAAUUGACUUAGAAAAACCGAAACCGACCACGUCGAUUAUAAACGAAUCUACAAAUCAAAAACCGAUUAUUGCUCCAAAGCCAGAAAAAAAGAUGACCAUUCAAGACGAUGUUUACGCUGUCCCGGAUAAGAAAAGCGCGAAGCAUAUUACAUCACCUGGUGAAAAUGGUUGUGAAUAUGCUGUUGUCAGCAAACCAAACAAAUCGAACUUUGAUAAAAGUGAAGAUCAACCAUCAACGAGUAAUGUGUAUGCAGUUGUAGCAAAAAAGAAACGUAUGUCAGACGGAAAGGGGACAAAUCAGAAAAGAGAAAGCUUAACAUCCGACAGAGAAACUGGACAAUCAUCAAAAACCUGAAUACUGGUAAUCUGUAAAACAGAAAAGGAUCAUUUCAGCACUUUAUUGCUUGUUCUAGUAACCAUGUUAAAAAAUUGCAAUUAUAGACAUAUUCUGCUGUUUAAAUUAAAUGUUUCAACAUAUAUUUCUAUCUUCACAGUGUCAUUUUUAUAGAUUAAUGUAUUCAAACUCAUAAUAGAGUUCAGAGACCAGUAAAAAAUACAAUUGAUGA